CUCAGUCCUUGCAAGAGUUUGGCAAGCUGAUUGCAUCCAUCGAAGACGAGAGGGAUAAAAUGGAGGGCAAGAAAAAGUUUGACAAGCAAACAAGAGCUUUUUGCCAGUCCUUGGAGAAGUUUCUGAAUUUAAAGACGAAAGCCACUGACAAUGUGUUACAAGAGGCUGAUGCAGCUCUGCAGAUGGAGAGGAAGCACUUUCAGCAAGCCUCUAUGGAAUAUGUGUUGAUGCUGCAGGAAGUACAGGAAAGAAAAAAGUUUGAAUUCAUUGAAAUAUUACUGGGUUUUAUGUAUGCCUGGCUGACAUUUUAUCAUCAAGGGCAUGAAGUAGCUCAGGAGUUUAAACCAUACAUGACAGAGUUACAAGUAAAACUACAGAAGACUCGUGACAACUACGAGACAACAAGGACAGAAGCUGAGACGCUAAUGAACAAAAUGUUGGAGAAACCAAACAUAGAGCCAACCACCAACAAGAACUACACAAGACAGGGGUACCUUUUCUUAAUGGAAAAGAGUAGGUGUUUUGUGUUUAUUUGUUAUGAUCUAGAUUAUAAAGACAUGAGAUUUUUCUACUAA